AUGGAGCCAAAUAAUUCCUUUCGUGUGGACUCCGAGUUCCGAUACACCCUCUUCCCAAUUUUUUACAGCAUCGUCUUUGUGCUGGGGGUCAUUGCUAACAGCUAUGUGCUGUGGGUCUUUGCCAACUUGUACCCUUCCAAGAAAUUCAACGAGAUAAAGAUCUUCAUGGUGAACCUCACCAUGGCUGACCUGCUCUUCCUGGUCACCCUGCCCUUGUGGAUUGUCUACUACUACAACCAUGGAGACUGGAUUCUUCCCAAAUUCCUGUGCAACGUGGCUGGCUGCUUCUUCUUCAUUAACACCUACUGCUCAGUGGCCUUCCUGGCUGUCAUCACUUACAACCGCUUCCAGGCAGUGACAAGGCCCAUCAAGACUGCUCAGGCUACCACCCGCAAGCGGGGCAUCCUUCUGUCCCUGAUUAUCUGGGUGUCCAUUGUGGGCGCAGCAUCCUACUUCUUCGUCCUGGACUCGACCAACAAGGAGCGCAGCAAGAGCGGCUCGGGCAACAUCACACGCUGCUUUGAACAUUACGAGAAGGGCAGCAUCCCAGUCCUCAUCAUCCACAUCUUCCUCGUGUUCAGCUUCUUCCUCGUCUUUCUCAUCAUCCUCUUUUGCAACCUGGUCAUCAUCCGCACGCUGCUCACGCAGCGGGUGCAGAUGCAGCGCAAUGCCGAGGUCAAGCGCCGGGCGCUCUGGAUGGUCUGCACGGUCCUGGCUGUGUUCAUCAUCUGCUUCGUGCCCCACCACCUCGUGCAGCUGCCCUGGACCCUGGCCGAGCUGGGCUUCCAGGACACCGACUUCCACCAGGCGAUUAACGAUGCGCAUCAGGUCACUCUCUGCCUCCUUAGUACCAACUGCGUCUUAGACCCCAUUAUCUACUGUUUCCUCACCAAGAAGUUCCGCAAGCACCUCACGGAGAAGUUCUACAGUAUGCGCGAGAGCCGGAAGUGCUCCCGGGCCACCUCGGAGACGGGCACGGAAGUGGUCCUGCAGCUCAAAGAUGGCCCUGUCAAAUCCCUCAAAAAUUAG